AUGGCCGCGGGCGGCUCGGGCAGCGGCAGCGCGGAGGAGAAGAGCUACCGCCGCUUCCUCGAGCUGUUCUUGGGCGAGUUCCGCGGACCCUUCGGGGUAGAGCCAGAGCCGGAGCCGGCGCCGGCUCCCCCCCCCGCUGCCGACGCCGCGGCCGCCGCUGACGAGGAGCCGGUCGCAGAGGGAGAAGCGGGAACGGCCGCCGAGACGGAGGAGAGUGAGGGCGGCCAGGGCAGCGAGGGCGGCCAGGUCGACGCCGGCGACCCUCAGCCGCCCGCCCCGCCGCCGCCUCCCCCGCCGCUGCCCUCGUUGCCCCGGCCGCUGUCGGAGUACAUCACGGAGGAGGAGGUGGAGGGCGAGUGCCUGGACCUCUGCCUGCAGCAGCUCUACAAGUACAGGGAGGAAUACGGGUUUCAUCAGGCUCUGCAAAGCUGUGCCAGUAAUUGCCCUUCAUUUUUGGCUGCUGCUUUAGCUAGAGCAACUUCAGAUGAAGUCCUUCAGAGUGAUCUUUCGGCACUCUACUUACCAAAGCACGUGGAUAACGCAGAUGGGAUCAUACAGAUUGAGACAGUGAAGUUGGCCCGCUUAGUUUUCAGCAAGCUGCAUGAGAUCUGCAGCAACUGGGUGAAAGACUUUCCACUCCAGCCAAAGCCCCACCGCUACUAUGAGACAUCCAUCCAUGCCAUCAAGAAUAUGCGCAGGAAGAUGGAAGACAAGCACGUCUGCAUCCCAGACUUCAACAUGCUCUUCAACCUUGAGGACCAAGAGGAGCAAGCUUACUUUGCAGUGUUUGAUGGUCAUGGGGGAGUGGAUGCUGCCAUCUAUGCCUCCAUCCAUCUCCAUGUGAACAUGGUCCAUCAGGAGAUGUUUCAGCAUGACCCAGCAGAGGCACUGUGCCGAGCUUUCCGGGUGACUGAUGAGCGCUUUGUCCAGAAGGCAGCCAGAGAGAGUCUGCGUUGUGGAACCACUGGGGUGGUGACUUUCAUCCGAGGAAAUAUGCUGCAUGUGGCUUGGCUCGGGGACUCCCAGGUUAUGCUCGUGAGGAGAGGCCAAGCUGUGGAACUGAUGAAACCCCACAAACCAGAUCGGGAGGAUGAGAAGAAGCGCAUUGAGGCACUUGGUGGCUGUGUGGUCUGGUUUGGAGCCUGGAGGGUGAAUGGGAGCCUGUCAGUCUCCAGAGCUAUUGGGGAUGCUGAGCACAAGCCAUACAUCUGUGGGGAUGCAGACUCUGCCUCCACCGUACUAGAUGGCUCUGAAGACUACCUCAUUUUAGCCUGUGAUGGUUUCUAUGACACAGUCAAUCCUGAUGAGGCAGUCAAAGUGGUGGCUGACCAUCUAAAAGAGAAUAAUGGCGACAGCAGCAUGGUAGCACAUAAAUUAGUGGCAUCUGCUCGAGAUGCCGGUUCCAGCGACAACAUCACUGUCAUUGUGGUAUUUCUCAGGGACAUGAACGCAGCAGUCAAUGUUAGCGAGGAGUCAGACUGGACAGAGAACUCUUUUCAAGGUGGGCAAGAAGACAACGGGGAAGAUAAAGAAAACCAUGGAGACUGCAAACGGCCGUGGCCCCAGCACCAGUGCUCAGCACCUGCAGAUCUAGGGUAUGAGGGACGGGUGGAUUCUUUCACCGACAGAACUAGCUUAAGCAUAGGGUCAAGCAUCAACCUGUUUGACGAUCAAGGCUAUUUAGACCUGACAAAACCAGAAACUAGUACACCUCAGAGUGCCAAGUGUCUGCCACCAAUUCAAGUGUUUAGUCCCGGCAUACCAAAGAGUGUGAAUUUGAUCAAUGGCCUAAGAGUGAAGAAUGAAUCACCAGAGUGCACCACAUCAUCAAUGUGUGGACAGAGCAAUCCCAGGGAGUACAACGCUCCCCUUAGUUUGGGUGCUACAGGGCAGAGCAUCUACAGGGUGAAGGGUUUAUCCCCCAUUUUCUUUGGGCUAGAAGAUGAACUGUUCAAAUCCUUGGGAAAACGAGCUGCGCUCUUUCGCUUCUGGCUCUGUAGCUGGAAGAGGCGACGAGGAGCCAGGCUCAAACCAAAGUUUCACAUGCUGCUCUUAGCUCAUGAGCCUCCCCACACAGACGGAUCAAGUCUGUCCCUACCUGUCCGGGGCCGCAGGGGCACAAGGGUGUGGGGCAGACACUCCCCAUGGUGGAGGCUGGCUGGUCACAGCGCGUACAGUGAGAGCAUGGUUUUGAUGCGAAGACAAAGUCAUUGUAUACCAGAGUCAUACCUUCAUCAAUGCUGUAAAAUGUAACCGUCUCCCUCGUGUUCCCCAGUCAGACUCCCAAAGUAGACAUUCCCAAAAUAAAACUGGCAUCAUCAGAAAGCGAAAAAAAAGGUGGGCAUUUCCGAACUGUACUCCUGUCCCCUGCAAAGCUCAAACCAUGUGUAAAUACAUCUAGGAAUUAACAAAUGUAGUUGUUUCAAUCUCAAUAAAGUUUGCUGGUGGUGCCACCCUGAGCAAUGCCGCAGCCACCAACCACCCGCACACGUGAGUAUCUGACCACAUUCACCGGUGGAAGCCAAACAGCUGGUUCACCUCAUAGACACCGUUAGGGAACGAACAGUCCUUACAAACGCCAGAAGGUUGAACCCGCCUGAGAUACGUCUGUGGAGCAAUAUGUAAAGCAAGAUUCUGGUUUAGAACUGCCAAAUUUUUUUUGGAGUGGGGGGGGAAGUUUCCGUAGAAGUCCAGGUGUGUGGGGGGUUUCUUGUGUUCUGCUUUCUAUUUAUUUCAGGCAAGCAUUAAGAUGAAUUAGAAUAUUACAUCCACUUUUGCAGGUAGAUGACUAAAAGCCAUACAGGGUUUUACCAGGUAACUUAGGAAUGGACAAACUGAGCUCCUGCUGCUCUGUUCUCAGACUCCAGUUGAGGUAUAGACUCAUAACUUACCUGUUUUUGUUCAUGUAACAUAAAGUGUGGAAUAUGAAGAAAACUGGGUUUUGUAGUUUUUAAAACCAAUUCUUUUCUAUGGCUAGAGGUUCGUAUCUUUCUGGUGCUUUUAGUGGCAUUUUUCUUGUUUGUCAGUUUAGGAAACUGUUCUCAAUUAGUUUUCAUUGAACACUGAUUGUGCUUAUUGCUUUGAGCCAACCUCUUUCCACCAUAACUUCAUCUCAGGUCUUAAAAGAAACCAAUCUGUGGAGAUGUUCAGUACAAUACUACUGCCACUCAACCAGUCAAACCAGAGAACUGCUUGCGCGAGAUAAUGAGCAAUCUGAUGAGCUGUUUGGUUUCAGUGAUAACUUCUAGGUGGCAAAGGCAUAAUUUAAUAUGAAGUUGCAGCAGGAAGGAUGGUAGCGUGCUGUGUCUCCGAGCAGCGUCACUGCUGCGGUGUAGUGUUUUCUAGUGUGUGUAGGAAUGGAUGCCAGGCUGCCAGAGCAAUCCCAGGCGGGUGGAAACGCCGUGGGUGCACAGGAGCAGGGGCUGCACUUGGGGUUUUGUGGAGAGAGUAAAACUCACCAGCCAGCCAGAGCUCUGCUUUGGUGAAACCUGGGUUCAGAAAGGGAAGUGAGCAAUGUCAGUUGCCCUUAUUUUCAUAAGCAGAGUGUUACUUAUCACACUGGGAAAUGCAUGGUACCCACCAGCUUAUCCCUACUGUCGAGGUGAUGCUGAACCCGUGGGGGAGCGGUUACUUGGGACAUAAGCAAGAAGACAAUUCCCAUCAGCUCCACUAGAUACACACCCUGUUGCUGUUCUUCGUUACAGUAAAAUAUUUGGAAGGGUAUGAAUAAAGUCAGUCUUCAUAGGCACUUAUUGUACAACUCAUAUCAUUUUAGCAGUAACAAUUUAAUAACAGUAUUUAGCUAGAAUUUGCAAAGUAUUUUAACAUUAAGUAGUCAGGAGAUUAUUCAACAUGACAAGAUGGCAAGGUUUGAGUUCUGCCACUUUCUGCUGCUUCUACUUUUGAUGCACUAUUUUAAAAGCAAUCUGAGGAACAGUGAAAGGCUUUGUGAGUAACCAGGAGUUAGAGUGUGGCUUUAGAUUCCUUUGAUCUUUUUCAGGCUUUUUGUUUUUAAUCUUACAGGAUCAUUGGCUCUUAUCUGUCAUCUUACUAAGCCUUAGCUGUUGUCGACGUUCUCUUUAGCUGCAGCAUAUGUUCCAAGUCAGAUUUACUGAGGAAAUUUGAGGAAUCAUGAGAUGAUAAAAUAUGCAACUCUGGGGCAUCUCUGCGGUGCCUUUGUUUUAAAUUCUUCACAGUAAUAAUGACGCACUGAAAGUCCAUCUUACUGUCGUGUUUUGGAGAGGAAGGUGGUGUAAGUGCAAUUCUGUGUGUGAAUAAAUGAGAAUGAAGAGCUGUGAUAGAUGAUAAAACUUCUUCCCAGUCUGCAGGAGCGGUUGACGAGUGCUGGAUUGCAUGUGUGCUGUUUUGGGGAAGGAUUUAGCUUUUUAGGUGUGGAUUCAUAAGUGAUAAUUCUGCCACUCAUACCAUUUAUCUUGCUAGGAGAAAAAAAAUCUGCCAUCAUAGUUCCAGUGUGGUCAGGUUAAAACAUUGUAUAGGUAGCAAGUGUUCAUUUCUUCACUAAAUGCAUAUUUAUAGAGUAGAUAGGAACCAUUUGUAAGGUAAGUCCUUUAAAGUUCUAUACUAUUACAAGUAGUGGUUAUUGGUCUGAUAUAUGCUGCUCUUGAUUCUACCCACUAGACAAAAAGCAGUGCUUUGUGAAACGCAGUGUUUUCUCUUAAUGCCACUGGUGAUAGGAAGUAGUUCUCUUCAGUUCAAACUCCUGUGCCCUUACUUGCUGCUUGCUAACGUAAGCAAUAAUCCCUCUCUAACGGUAUCUAAGUGUUCUGUAUCUCGUACUUUGAUUGUCUAUCUGGUGACAAUGUAAAGAUACUAGGCUAAUAUAAAAGCAUCUAAUUGUAUUUAUUAACUGUUGCUACUGAGAUUCAGUCUGUGACCUGUGUUUUGUAUUUUUAUUGUGUAUCUUAGUGGUGGUGAAAUUUGUAUAACGAAUCUUUCCAAUAAAGAGCUGAAGUAUCCCUGUUCCGCGUUAA